ACACGAAUCAUACGCAUGCAGUAUUGUUUUUCAGGAGCCACCGACUCUCCAAAGCACUCAUACUCUCUCAUUCAGUCACUCACUCACUCUGCUGGUAGAGCAGUGCUGCCUCGCAGGUGCCACAGUCUCAGCUGUGCGAGUACAGUCGUGGCCGGAGCGAGCUCCAGGAACAGACUGUUUAGGAGACUGAACGCGGUGGCGGAGACAGCGGCAAUGGAUGUAGAUGUAGUGGAGUUGAAGAAGGGGAUUGCUGAGCUUUACGACGAGUCAUCUGGCUUGUGGGAGAACAUCUGGGGCGACCACAUGCACCACGGCUACUACGACCCGAACGCCGACGUUUCGGUCUCCAUUCCUGACCAUCGCGCCGCCCAGAUUCGCAUGAUCGACGAGGUCCUCCGAUUCGCCGGCAUUUCUGAGGAGCCCCCAAUUAGAAUUCCCAAGAAUUUGGUGGAUGUGGGAUGUGGGAUCGGAGGGAGCUCCAGAUAUCUGGCCAGUAAAUAUGGCGCCAAUGCAAAAGGCAUCACCCUCAGCCCUGUGCAGGCUGAAAGGGCCAAUGCUCUUGCUGCUGCUCAAGGGUUGGCCAACCAGGCUUCAUAUCAAGUUGCAGAUGCUCUGGACCAACCAUUUCCUGAUGGGGAAUUUGAUCUGGUAUGGUCCAUGGAGAGUGGAGAGCACAUGCCUGACAAAGCCAAGUUUGUGAACGAGUUGGUUCGGGUUGCUGCCCCAGGAGCAACAAUAAUAAUAGUCACAUGGUGCCAUAGGGAUCUUGGUGCUUCUGAAGAAACCUUGAAGCCAGAUGAGAAAAGCCUUCUGGAUAGGAUAUGCAGUUCUUUCUAUCUUCCAGCCUGGUGUUCUGCUGCUGAUUAUCUCAAAUUACUCGAGUCCCACUCGCUCGAGGACAUCAAGGCGGAAGAUUGGUCCCCGUAUGUUGCCCCAUUUUGGCCUGCAGUUAUCCGCUCGGCGUUGACAUGGAAGGGUUUCACAUCGCUGUUGCGCACCGGAAUAAAAACAAUCAGAGGAGCAUUGGUAAUGCCACUGAUGAUCCAAGGAUUCAAGAAGGAUCUAAUCAAGUAUGCAGUGAUUACUUGCCGAAAGCCGGAAUAAACGCUGCCGAAUGAAGGGCGUUUCGACGCUGUGAUGGCCAGAAACAGAAUCAAAGACUGCAUCUAGUUCUUCCCCAAUAAAUUUAGUGAUCAUACUUUAAAUAUUUGUGCUCUUCUGGAAGGGCUUUGGACUUUGAAGCCUUUUGAAACAACCUUGUGAAGUGCUAGGAGUGUGUGUAGCGUGUUUGGUGCGUGUGUAGGAAAACAUUGGAGUGUGUUUGUUGUGUGCAGGAAGAGGUUGCAGUAUGGCUAGUUCGUGUUGGAACGAGUUAAUUAUGUGAUUUGCUUUGUCGGAA